GGCCAGUAGCAGUCACCGCACCACUAGCUGCAGCCGCUGUCACAAUGAACACAACACACCCCAGCUCAAUACAUUCCGCUUUUUAUUAGUGACGGAAAGGGCAGCACGACCCAGCCCUGCCCCGCACCUCCCGGAGAGCGGGUCCGUAUGCCCGCCGAUAAGCAGCAGCUGUGUGUAGGGGUGGCUAGCUGUCCAGGAGCCCGGCUGCUGGCGGAAGCACCAGAAGAAGGGAUUCAUGGCAGGAAAGGAGCCUCUGCUGGGCACCCUGAAAGCUUGUGUCCUGGGAAUGCAAGAAGCUGGUUCCGAAACCAUCACAGAUGACUCUCCCCAUGUCAUUCCACUGUGUGAUAUAAUAGAAAUGAUUGUGCGCAAAGGACUUAGAAGUGGGGCAUUAGGGCUGAAGAGAAGAGAUUACUGGCACUGGAUAGAGGAGAUUCCUCAACAUGAUCCCUGUGGCAGGGUAUCACAACUAUCCGUCAUGAUAGAGAAGACCAUGGCCUGUCCCAAAGUGGUAACUCCACAGGGGAAGGGGCGAUAUUUCCUACGCUUGGCUCUCAAUAGAAAAUCCUUAGUGGUUGCAUUCCGGCAUUUGCAGCAUACACCAAAAUUGCUUGAGUGGUACGAUCCGCUGUUCUCUGUACUAGGAAAUGAGGAACACUUUGAGCCCUUCCUGUCUAUGCUUCUAGUGGUUUCGCAAAGCAGUUUUGCUCUAGAUCUACAGAAUUCCAGUUUCCUGGAUGAAAGCUGGCUUCUACCGGUGUGUGCUGUUUAUGACACUGUGCCAUGCCGAGAACUGGGAAUGGUGUUGAGGUAUCAGGAGGGCCGAGUGUUUGUGAUAGAAGUGCUGCCAGAUAGCCAGACUGAAGUAGAUGAAGUAGUUCUGGCAGGAGACAUCAUUGAUGAAAUAAAUGGCGUGUCACUGAGAAAUGCACCUAAUGGACAGGCUGGCAUAGUACUAAAUAAACUGAAAGGGGAACCACUGAAAUUUCAAAUGAUUCGCUGGCGCUGGAAGGAUGGAGAAGUGUUUCGCCCACUUAUACCAUACUUCAAAGGCAUCCAGGACAGGGUCCCUAACUUUAAACUUCAGCAGAAGCCCAGAAGCCAGGACAGCAGUCAGGAUCAUCCCCAACAGGACGGCAGACUCCUGUACUCUGUGCAGUAUCUGGGACAAGCAGAUGUUGGAAUGUUUGGAGGUAAAGAAAUAUUGGAUAUUGGCAUCACUAAAGUGCGAAAGCUGAACUGUUCGCCUAUGAAUGUGUUGCUUGACAUCAGAGAAACAGAAGUAGCUGUGAAAGACAAGGAGUCAUCAGAGGUCCUAUUUCACUAUUCUUACCCAGAGAUUUCAAGUGUUGGGCGAAGGGUGGAUAAUAGAAGAGUGUUUGCAUUAUGUGCAGCUGAGACUGGAAGCCUUGAUCUGACCUCUUUCAACUGUGUAGUGUUUGAGGCCCUAAACCACAAAGAGUGCGAGGAGAUUAUAAAGCGCAUUGCAACAGGUUUCAAGCAUACAGAAUGGUUUGUUUGAGGAUGAAAUUACACUAGCAAUAUUGUCUCACUGACCAGACACCAAAUGUUACCGCAGCAGCCUAUAAACACCAAAGCACCCUUUGACAGAAAACUUUGUACUACGAUUGUUUAAGUGUAAAUA